AUGAGUCGGCAACUGAGCAUCAAGUCUGGUGGUGACAAGCGUGGCUUCAGUGGGUACUCGGCAGUGGUGCUGAGGAAGGCUGUGGGCAGUGUGGCUUCUCACCACGGGGCUGGCAAAGGAGCUGGGGCCGGCUUUGGCAGUCGGAGCCUCUACAGUCUCAGAGGGGAUGGACGUAGUUCCCUCCACGUGGCUGGUGGUGAUGUUCGGACUGGAGGUUAUAGCUUCUGGCCUGGCUCUGGGUAUGGAGGAGGCCGGGCACCUGGCUUUGCUGGCAGUAUGUUCGGUAGUGUUGCCCUGGGGCCUGUGUGCCCAUCCAUGUGCCUACCUGGGGGCAUCCACCAGGUCACUGUCAACAAGAGCCUCCUAGCACCCCUCAAUGUGGAGCUGGACCCCAAGAUCCAGAAAGUACGUGCCCAGGAGCGAGAACAGAUCAAGGCGCUGAACAAUAAGUUUGCCUCCUUCAUCGAUAAGGUGCGGUUCUUGGAACAGCAGAACCAGGUGCUGGAGACCAAGUGGGAGUUGUUGCAGCAGCUGGACCUGAGCAACUGUCAGAAGAACCUGGAGCCCCUCCUGGAGGGCUACAUCAGCACCCUGCGGAAGCAGCUGGAGACACUGUCGGGGGACAGGGUGAGGCUGGACUCAGAGCUGAAGAGCAUGCGGGUCCUGGUGGAGGACUACAAGAAGAGGUAUGAGGUGGAGAUUAAUCGGCGCACAGCAGCUGAGAAUGAGUUUGUGGUGCUCAAGAAGGAUGCAGAUGCAGCCUACAUGGUCAAGGUGGAGCUCCAGGCCAAAGUGGACUCUCUGGAAAAAGACAUCAAGUUCCUCAAGUGUCUGUACGAUGCGGAGAUAGCCCAGAUCCAGACUCAUGCCAGUGAGACCUCCAUUAUCCUGUCCAUGGACAACAACCGGGACCUGAACUUGGACAGCAUCAUUGCUGAGGUCCGCGCCCAGUAUGAAAAGAUUGCCCUGAAGAGCAAGGCCGAGGCUGAGGCCUUGUACCAGAGCAAGAUCCAGGAGCUGCAGCUGGCAGCUGGCCGGCACGGCGACGACCUUAAGAAGACCAAGAACGAGAUGUCAGAGCUGAACCGGCUCGUGCAGAGGAUCCGCUGUGAGACGGUCAAUGUGAGGAAGCAGUGUGCCAACCUGGAGACGUCCAUCGCCAAUGCUGAGCAGAAGGGGGACAGCGCCCUGAAGGAUGCCCGGGCCAAGCUGGACGAGCUGGAGGCUGCCCUGCACCAGGGCAAGGAGGAGCUGGCCCGGAUGCUGCGCGAGUACCAGGAGCUCAUGAGCCUGAAGCUGGCCCUGGACAUGGAGAUCGCCACCUACCGCAAGCUGCUGGAGAGCGAGGAGUGCCGAAUGUCCGGUGAGAAUCCGUCCUCUGUGAGCAUCUCUGUCAUCAGCAGUGCAGGCAGCUACCACCUCGGCUCCUCCGCCAGUACCACCCUUGGUGCCAGCAGUGCGGCGGGAAGCUCUGGCAGCACCUGGAGUGAGCAGACCAGGACCAGAGGGGCACCAGGGACAGAACCCAAGGACUCUCAAGGCAAGAGCAUCCCAGUCAGUGCCCCAGCCAGGAAAGACACUCGAUGAGCCACACGGCCCCUUGCUUCAGCACCUCAGAGAAGAGAUGCCCUUGCCCAUGCCCUGCCUGAAGACACCUGCCACACCCCAAUCCUCCACCCUGAGGCCUAGAACCCUGGGCCAUUGAACCAUGGCUUGUCUCACUGUCAAAUUCUGAUUGGAACCGUCACCUCCCUGUUUCCUCAGGCCCUGUGUGCACUUUGUGACUUCUCGUUUUCUUUGCUGCCUUCAACUGGCAGGGGUCUUGGCUAUAAUUAUCUUUUCGGUCUUAGCUAUGAUCAUCCCUACAGAGAGAGGAGAGGAAGGAGAUGGAGAGGAUGGAGGAGAGUCAGCAGGGAGGGGAAAAGGUCUUUGCAGAACCACUCCAUUAAGCAGGAGAAA